AUGAAAAAAAUUAUUGUGCUGUUGGGAAUUGUCGCUUGUUCCUAUAGUUCCAACUGGGGCUUUGGAAAUUAUGGCGGAGGUGAGCUUACACUAGGAGAAAUCUCUAUAGACCAUCAUGAUUUGGGAACUUUUAAUCUGGGAGGAACAGGAAGCCAUUCCUUAGAUUUUUUGGGAGAUCAAUCGCCCCUUUUAAAUGACAUUAGUGGUUGGCAUUCGGACACUAGCAAUUUUCAUGGAGUUAAAGUAAUUCCUGUUGUUAAACACAUUGGAAUACCGACGAUCAAAAAGGUCCCGAUUAGUAUUCCUCAUCCAGUGGUGCAGACAGUUCCACAACCUUAUCCUGUUACCGUGGUGAUUCCAAAGCCCGUACCAUAUGAGGUAGAGAAGCAAAUAAUUAAGACAGUCGAGAAAAAAGUACCAACGCCCGUCGAGAAAAUAAUUCCGGUUAAGAUAGAGAAACCGGUACCGUUUCAUGUGGUGAAACACGUGCCCGUACCGGUAGAAAAGCCAAUUCCGAUCAAGAUUCCGAUCUACAAGACCAUUGUACACAAAAGUCAUUGAUUUCUUUGUGUUUACAGAAGCAUGAUUGUUUGUUGUUGUUAUUAUUUUUAUAUUCAGUUUAUUCAGAAACACACAUAAAUACACAAUAUGAGAAGAAAAUAUUCUAUUUUAUUACAACAAUAAGUUA